AUGAUUUGGCUACUGUUGCUCGUGUCUGAAGUUCACUCUGUUCUUGCCAUCGAAUAUCCAUGGACAUUCGACAAUGACCUCUUUGGUGGUGAGUCGGAGUUCCUACUUCUAAAAUUUCUGGUCUACCAAACGACGAUGUGCCGCUCUCGGGCAUCAAGUCCCAGCAGUGGUCUCAUCACCCUUCAGCUCAACCCGGAUUAA